AUAAGCAGCAUGUGGCAUCUAGUGACGAUAUUGGCCGUUGUGUCGGUCGCUCACGGCGGUCAAGAACUCGGAUUUAAGCAAGAUUGGUGGGAGAGUGCCCUUAUAUACCAGAUAUACACCCGUUCGUUUCUUGACACCGAUGGCGAUGGGGUUGGCGAUAUUAGAGGCAUCAUAUCUCGCUUGGAGUACCUGAAGGAAUUGAAUGUCGACGCGAUAUGUCUGUCUCCAAUAUACAAGUCACCUCAAAUAGACUUUGGCUUCGACGUGUCUGAUUUCUACUCUGUCCAUUCCGACUACGGAUCUAACGAGGAAUUUGAAGAACUUGUUAGAGAAGCGCAGAAACUUAAUAUUAAGGUCCUCCUGGACUUUGUUCCAAAUCAUACCAGCAACGAGAGUGACUGGUUCCAAAAAGCAGUUGGCAGAGAUGAGUAUUACUUCGACUGGUAUGUCUGGGCGGAAGGUUAUUUGGACAACGUCGGACACCGUCGUCCUCCGAACAACUGGAUAAGCAUGUUCAAAAAAAGUGCAUGGGAGUUCGUGCCAAACAGAGGCCAGUAUUACCUGCAUCAGUUCGCUAAGAACCAGCCAGAUUUGAACUACCGAAACCCAGUGGUUGUUGAUGAGAUGAAGAAUAUAAUAAAAUUUUGGUUAGAGAAAGGGGUUGCCGGAAUGAAGAUGAGUGCCGUGAAUCAUUUGCUGGAAGUUGACAAGGACAGUUUCGGUGGAAGAUUUCCCGAUGAACCCAAAACAGGCAAAGUGGGGCUCGACGGCGAUGACUAUAAAUAUCUGAACCAUAUCUAUACUAAAGACUUGAAAGAAUCAUAUGAUAUGGUAUCGCAGUUCAGAGAGGUUUUCGACAGCAUUACCUUAAGGGAUAACAUGACAAGGUUACUAUUGACAGAGGCUUCAACGACAAACAUAAAGAACUUGGUGAAAUAUUACGGAGAAGGAAAUAAUUUUGGCUCCCAGAUUCCGGUGAACUUUGCUCUCAUGGAAGAUUUUCGAAAAGAAUCGGAUGCAAGGGAUUUGAAAUUUGUUGUUGACCGUUGGAUGACGUAUAAGCCAGCAAACAAACCAGCUAAUUGGAUGAGUGGUAAUCACGACAAGGCAAGAGUAGCGUCUCGCUUGAGACCGGGAUUAGUGGACGCCUUUAAUAUGCUUGUUCUCUUGCUCCCCGGAGUUGCGAUGACAUAUAUGGGUGAAGAAAUUGGGAUGCCAAAUGGUGAUGUGUCUUGGGCACAAACUAAAGAUCAGCUUGCUUGCAAUACGGACGAUCCUAUCAACUAUGUUGCUGUUACAAGGGAUGGUUCGCGUACGCCUUAUCAGUGGAACUCAGAGCGUACAGCUGGAUUCACCAAAGGCCACGAAACUUGGCUACCAGUAGGCGAUAGCUACGAGACCAUCAACGCUGAGAGCCAGCAUUCUGCCGCUCAGUCCCAUUACCUGGUCUACAGGAGUCUGUCUCUCCUUCGCAAGCGUCCGGCUUUCCGAGCAGGCCGGUUUGAAAGCCAGGCACUCACCCGUGACGUGUUUGCUUUCAAGAGAUGGUACCAGGAUGACACUUAUGUUGUAGUGAUGAACCUUGGACGGUCACUCAAUGUUGUUAAUUUGACAACUUUUGACCUGGUUUUCGGACAAUUGGAAGUCGAGGCUUCUAGUGCACUAUCAUCCAGGUCUAUAAAUGACAAUGUUAACGCGAAUAGCUUGGAUUUAGCUGCAGACGAGGCUUUGGUGUUAAGAAUGAUGGUUUAAAUCUUUAAGCAAUGACAACAGUUGCAGUGACAAAGGAAGUAACUUCAGAAGAAGGUCUACAGCUUAUAUCGACUAUUAGCUGUACAAGCCAAUGGUCUAUCGUUAUUUCUUGUCUCAUGGAUUAUAUGUAUGCCUUGACUUUCGAGAUGAU